CCUAGCCAAUCGACGCGGGAAGCUGAGUCGCUGUGGCCCGUGGAACUCGAACGGAGGAGGCAGCUUCUUCCGGUUGGGCCCAGGAGUUAACUGUGUACGUUGAAGGACGUCGGCUGCGGAAUUCGUGCCUUUGGCCAGAUUGAAAUCAUGGCAGGUCCAGAAACUGAUGCCCAAUUCCAAUUCACUGGUAUUAAAAAAUAUUUCAACUCUUAUACUCUCACUGGUAGAAUGAAUUGUGUACUGGCUACAUAUGGAGGCAUUGCUUUGGCUGUCUUAUAUUUCAAGCUAAGGUCUAAAAAAACUCCAGCUGUGAAAGCAACAUAAAUGGAUUCUAAAAUGUGUGACCUCAUCUGUUGUUAAGUUCCCAUCCCUGGAGAAGCUAAUGUCAACUCAUCGUGUAAUAUUCAAUUUGUACAAUAAAUUAUGAACCUGGAAAA